AUGGAAUCAGAACAAACUAACAUAAUCCCAAAUCCUAUGCCAGAUAAUUCAUCGUCCGCAUCUGUAAACAAUCAGUGUGCUGUUCCACCUGUUGUUGCGGCUGUGCCCGCACCCGUUGCUCCCCCAGCCAGUGUUGUAACCAUACCCGUGCCCGUAGUAAAUAACGAAGGUACUUAUGCUUAUAUUACCAUUAAAGGUUCCCUACACGAUCGUUCCUGUCAAAUUUUCGGCUUGAACGAUACCGAGCUGCAGGCUCUUUCGAAACGCUUUGAGAACGGCAUUAAAGCUGUGGUGAACGGUGUUAUGAUCUCAGCCUCACCCAUGACUAUGAUGAAUACAUUGGCACAAUUAGGUUACAAAGUUAUAUGCAGCUCUGGAGAAGCCGAAAUUUGCUGGACCAUGCAACGUGAAAUUUAAAUGCAACUGUGGCAAAGUAUAUUUCUAAAUUUUAACAACAAAACAAAUUCAAAAUAGUAUCAAAACUAAAUACACACACACACACACAGUUACAUAUAUAGAUAUAUACUCAUAAAGACAUUUUCCAAGAAAACUAAAAACACUCUGAGUGCAAAAAAGCAUAAACAGAAAACAACCGAACGAACACAUCAAUUCCCAUCUCUACACCACAUAUUUUGAGUCAACGAUUUUUUGUUUUUCGAAAUGGAUCGACACAAGGCAGAUCAUUGUAAAUGCCACAAACAAGUCCAGCCAGCC